AUGGAACAGCAACUGAGCGAUGAAGAAGAACCUCAACCUGUAGUCCUUAGAGCAGAGAUCCGGAGGAGGAGAAGAAAGAUGAAAGCCUUCACCUCCACCUUCUCCGUGGCCAUGGACCAGAUAGCCGUCGAGUUCGUCCUCCCCUCCACCACUAAGAGUAGCCGCAGCCCGGACACCUUGCUCCUGGAGGUGGCUGGGAACUGGACGGUGGAGCAGGUGAAAGCCCAGGUGUGGCUGAGGGUAGUAGCCACCAACCUGUGUCCCGAGUUCUACCAGAAGUAUUCCCCUGACCACUGCAUCCUGCUCUACCAGAAGAAGGGCAACUGGUGUGAGAUCUACGAUAAGCACCAGGUGUUUCAGACCCUGGACUGCGUCCGCUACUGGAAAGCUCUGAAGAAAGAUGUGGGGAAGAUCCACCUGACGUGCCGGCCUCAGCCCUCCGAGGAGUCCACACAGUACCAGAGGUACCUCAACUACCUGAUUGGCUACGACGUCACCGACGUCAGCAACGUGCACGAUGACGAGCUGGAGUUCACCCGGAGGAAGCUCCUCACACCCCGCAAGAUCGAGCUGUCCGACCGGGACCCCAAACUAUACUCAAUGGACCCUUGGAUCACAUCCAAACACCUCCCGGAGUACCUGCUCACCAAGGUGACCAAGAGUCACAUCCUGCUGGUCAUUCACAGGAACAAGGCCAGCCAGACCAUCAAGGUGUCCAUCGAUGACACGCCCGUCCAGGUGCUCCAGACCUUCUUUACGAAGAUCUCCAAUAAGAGGGCUCUGCUGGGAGUUCCUGAGGAUGUUUGUGAGGCAGACUACGUCCUGAGAGUGUGUGGCAGGGAAGAGUAUAUCUAUGGGAACCACCCGGUCAGGGACUUCCACCGGGUCCGACAGUGUCUGAAGAACGGAGAGGAGAUCCAUCUGGUUCUGGAGUCGGCUCCUAAUCCGGGUCAAGACCUAGUCCAGAGAGAGGACUGGGCACAGGUGGAUGACUGUACUGGAGUGGCAGGCACCCAUGAGCAGCUGACGAUCGACGAGAAAGACCAUGAGCGGGUCUUCACCAUCUCUCUGUGGGACUGUCACAGGAACUUCAGGGUUAAAGUCCUGGGCAUAGACAUCCCGGCUUUGCCGAGGAACCCUGAGCUGAUCGUGUAUGUGGAGGCCAGUAUCUUCCAUGGCCAGCAGCUCCUGGCUCAGGAGAGGACCUCCUCCAAGGCUUUCAUUGAGGAGGUGCUGUGGAACGCCUGGCUGGAGUUCAAUAUACGCAUCAGAGACCUGCCCAAGGGGGCUCGCCUCAGCUGUAUAAGGUGUGGAGGAUCCCCAGGUGGAGGUGGCAGUGGCAGCCAUGAUGGUAGCAAGACUAAGAGUCGUCUGCUGUACUACGUCAACCUGCUGCUGGUGGACCACCGCUCGCUGCUGCGCCAGGGAGAGUUCAUCCUCCACAUGUGGAAGAUGCCUGAGAAGACCGAGGACAACAGCAGUGUCAAUGCAGACAAGCUGACCUCAGCCACCAACCCAGACAAGGCCUCCUCCAUGGCUGUAGCCAUCCUGCUGGACAAGUACUGCUACCCAGUAGCCCUGCCCAUGAGCAGGGAGGGCAAGGCUGCUGGAGGGGAGGGGAGGGAGGCCGAGGGAGGGGAGAGGGGUCAAAGGGAGAUGCCUAACCACCUGAGGAAGCAGUUUGAGGUAAUUGUUGAGACCGAUCCACUGCACCCUCUCAGCCAAGAAGACAAAGAGCUGCUGUGGCACUUCAGAGAGGAGUGUAUGCGUCACCCCAGGGCAUACCCCAAGCUGCUGGGCUCUGUGCUGUGGGGUAGACAGGAGGCUGUCCUGGCCACUCAUAGGCUGCUGGAGAGGAGCUCUGUGUGGGACCGUAGUGUGGUGGAUGUGGGCCUGGCCAUGCAGCUGUUAGACUGCCACUACUCUGAUGCUCACGUCCGCUCCAUGGCCGUACGCAAGCUGGAGACCCUGGGGGACGACGACGUCCUGAGGUACCUACUGCAGCUGGUCCAGGCUGUGAAGUUUGAGCCGUACCAUGACAGUGCCCUGGCCAGGUUCCUGCUGAAGAGAGCUCUCAGGAGUAAGAGGAUAGGUCAUUUCCUUUUCUGGUUCCUGAGGAGUGAGAUCGCCCAGUCCAUGCACUACCAGCAGAGGUACGCUGUGCUGCUGGAAGCCUACCUCCGAGGCUGUGGAGGGGACAUGCUGCAGGACUUCAGACGCCAGGUGGAGAUGACAGAAGCCCUGCAGAAAGUCACCAGGGAGAUCAAGGCCAUGUCUGCUGAGAAAUAUGAUGUUUCUGCACAAGUUGUGUUCCAGCUGCGUCAGAAGCUGGAGAACCUGCAGACGUCUGGGCUGCCAGAGAGCUUCAGAGUGCCCUAUGACCCGGGUCUACAGGCUGGUGCUCUGGUGAUAGAGCAGUGUAAGGUGAUGGCCUCUAAGAAGAGACCGCUGUGGCUGCAGUUUAAGAGGGCUGACCCCACCACCCUGUCCAGUGACACCAUCGGGGUGAUCUUUAAGGACGGGGAUGACCUCAGGCAGGACAUGCUCAUUCUACAGAUUCUGCUGAUCAUGGAGUCCAUAUGGGAGGAAGAGUCUUUGGACUUGUCCUUACUGCCCUACGGCUGUAUCUCUACUGGUAUAAAAUAGGUAUGGAUGAUUGAGAUAGUGAAAGAUGCCACCACUAUUGCCAACAUCCAGCAAAGCGUUGUGGGAAGCACAGGAGCAUUCAAGGACGAGAUCCUCAACCAAUGGCUGCGGGACAAGUGUGUGAGCGAGGAAAAGUUCCAGCAGGCGGUGGAGAGGUUUGUGUUCUCCUGUGGAGGGUACUGUGUGGCCACCUACGUGCUGGGGGUAGGAGACAGACACAACGACAACAUCAUGAUCACUGAAUCUGGUAACCUGUUCCACAUAGACUUUGGCCACAUACUGGGGAACUAUAAGAGUUUCCUGGGUAUCAGUAAGGAGAGGGUUCCCUUCGUCCUCACCCCUGACUUCCUCUAUGUCAUGGGCGCAUCAGGGAAGAAGAGCAGCCCACACUUCCAGAGGUUCCAGGAUGUAUGUGUGCGGGCCUACCUGGCUCUGAGGCAUCACACCAACCUCCUUGUCAUCCUGUUCUCCAUGAUGCUGAUGACAGGCAUGCCUCAGCUCACCAGCAAAGAAGACAUCGAGUACAUCCGCGAAGCGCUGACUGUGGGCCGGCCGGAGGAGGAGGCACAGCGCCACCUGCUGGACCAGAUAGAGAUCUGCAGGGACAAGGGCUGGACCGUGCAGUUCAACUGGUUCCUACACCUGGUGCUGGGCAUCAAGCAGGGGGUGGAUAAACGCUCGGCUUAGGGGGCUCCCCUUGUGGUGCCAAUGGCUUAGUGGGCUGGCAACACCAGUGUGAUGGGUUCGAAUCCCACAAGGGCCACAUAUGUGAUAACUCUAUACCACUUUAGGUUCAAUUACUAUGUUGAUUAGACUCCCAAAUAAGGAGAGGGAGAUAUAGUCAAAGACCAAAGUCUGGUUCUAAAAGUUUGUCAACCCUUCUCAAUUAUGUAAGCAGCUGUUCCAAUACAUUGCUCAUUGACUGUACCAUGGACUGUAUACAGUACCAGUCUUAUUUUUGCACUUUCAAGAUCAAAACCUGAUCUUACCAUAUGUUUAUGGGUUAUACAUAAAGGUUGACUCCUGUUCGCUUCCUAAUGCA